AACGGAAGCCCUGUCAGCCUCGGGAGAUAAAUCCAAUAUCGGACUUCCCUUUCUACGCGGAAUUUGAUCAUUAUUAUUCUUGAUUGAUGAUUAUUGAUACUAUUACUCCCAUAUGUGUCAGAGUAGAAAGUCAAAUUGAGAUUAACUUUAUUUACUGAACUUAGACGUUGUCGGUGACCGGGUAAAUUUUGCGCUUUUAACGUUGACUUAAGAUACGUUCCUCAGCCUGAAGGCACAUCGUGAAAUCUUCCGGAACAACGGCGCUGUCGCCAGUCUGAAGCUGCUUAUUUUUAACCACAUACGUUUUGAGAGGCCAUAAGGACUUUGUUUUAGUUAACGUUAAUUUGAGGAAGUGUGUCGUUCCAAUCGCCGAAAGAGGACGCCACUGUCCGAUAAUGGACCCCUUGUCAUGGUUUAUCGUAAGGCAUGGAUUGACCUAUUCACUAACGUUAACGCUAAAUACUGCAGCUAAUCAUUUUCAGUCGCCUCUGGUCCCAACACGGGUGUAUACGGAACCAAACGCAAAGACAACCCAACCUCAAAAAUUUGCUUUAACGUUACUUAGCUGACUAUCUAGAUGGCUACCGAUGCCAGCUGGAUAGGGUUUUGUUGGCAGUUGCUGUCUAACUCUAACCUACUUGCUCUGCCAUCCGCAGUAACGUACGUGAGCUGAAGCUAACUUAGCUAACGUUAGAUGUGCCAUAUGGUCGAGCUGUAAGCAUUGAUUAGUGUGGUCCGUUCACAAUUGGAUUAGCCGACGUCUGUUCCCACAAGCAACUGUCAAAACAUUGUAGUAGCGGUAGUUUAAUGUAAAUCACCUGCCAACGUUUGUAUAUCAAACAGCUUGAAAUAAAGCUAUCCCAUUGUAACAAGUUGCAGCUCAGUUACUUUGUAGUAACUUUAACGCUAGUCUGUCAUGUUGACAUGUAAAGUUGAUAGAGCAGCGAGCACACAGUAGCCAACAUGUAGCUUUUUAUAUACAGUCUAUGGUAGCUACAUAUUAGCCUCAUUGAUACCCUUUACACAGGCGUCAUCAUGUUAGUUUUCUUUUAUCUUGGUAACAACUAUCUUGGUCAGACCCAGUACAGUACCUGUUAAACUGAACAAAACAUGCCUGUGUGUGAGAUUAAACCUUUCAUUUCAUACCAUGCCAGUUUCAACACCUGUACCAAACACCCCUGCUCUCCAUGAUUAAAUAAACAUUUACUUUACCUUGUUUUUCUACUGAUAAACCCGCGUUGUAUGAAUAGGGAGCCUUGUGGUCAGAGCAGCAGAAGUGAAGGACCUGCCCGUCAAUGGCCAACCCCACCCCUCAGCUUGAUGUACUGUGACAGAGAACUGUGUGGACCACAAAUACUGUAGCCAGUUGCCAUGGAGGACACUAACCCAGCACCCAAACCUGCUACCCCGGCGCGGAGCCCCGCGCACAGUCCAGCACCCAGUCCAGCACCCAGUCCAGCACCCAGUCCAGUACCCAGUCCAGUACCCAGCCCACUGCUUGACUUUAUUGCUUUGCCUGCAGCAAACCAUGUGGAGCACCUAAAUGUGAACCAGAUCCAGGUGGUGGUACGGCGCUGUUCCAGUCCAAAUGUCACAGAGGAGACCACCUAUUUUAUUCCUCGAAACCCUGUGGUGGAUGCUGGCACCAACACAGACCCGCCAGUGGUCUGCUGCCCCUUGCUCCACAGAUUUUGCCCAUGUCCACCAAGAGGUCUUCUGGCUUCUCUCAUCACUAAAGUCCUUUUGGCAGCUGUGCUCUUUGGAGUGGUGUGGUCUAUCACAGAGGAUGAAUGUCUUCCGGGGGGCAACCUGUUUGGCAUCACGAUCCUCUUCAUCUGUUCGCUCAUCGGUGGCAAACUUGUGGCUCUCAUCCGUCUGCCCAAACUUCCACCGUUCCCACCACUUCUUGGUAUGCUGCUGAUGGGUUUCCUGCUGAGAAACAUCCCAGUUAUAACGGACGGCGUGUACAUUGACUUCAAAUGGUCUGCAUCAUUGAGGAACGUUGCUCUGGCCGUCAUUCUGACCAGAGCAGGUCUGGGUUUGGAUCCCACGGCUCUGAGGAAACUAAAAUCUGUGUGUAUACGUGUGGCAGCUGGGCCCUGCAUCAUAGAGGCAUGCACCACAGCUCUGAUCUCUCAUUUCCUCUUGGGCUUGCCCUGGGUGUGGAGCUUCAUCCUUGGCUUUGUGCUCGGCGCUGUGUCUCCAGCAGUGGUGGUUCCCUCCAUGCUGCUGCUGCAGAAGGAUGGUUACGGCGUGGAACAGGGCAUCCCCACUCUGUUGAUGGCUGCAGGCAGCUUCGACGACAUCCUCGCCAUCACAGGGUUUACCACAUGCUUGGGCAUGGCCUUCGCCACAGGCUCCACUUGGUACAACCUCCUGAGAGGUGUGCUGGAGGUCGUAGGUGGGACUGUUGCUGGGAUCCUCCUUGGCUUCCUCAUCCAGUACUUUCCGAGUGUUGACCAGAAACAUAUAGUAAUGAAGCGCUCCUUCUUGGUCCUGGGUCUGUCCGUGUUUGCCGUGUUCGGCAGUGCCGUGGCUGGCUUUCCUGGCUCGGGAGGCCUCUGCACCCUGGUGCUGGCAUUCCUAGCUGGCCUUGGCUGGGGGUCGGAAAAGGCCCGUGUGGAGGAAGUGGUGGGAUGGGCGUGGGACGUGUUUCAGCCUUUGCUGUUCGGACUGAUAGGAGCAGAGAUUCGAGUCUCUGAAUUGGAGGGACACACAGUUGGUCUGGGUAUAGCCACUCUGCUCAUUGGCCUGCUGGUUCGACUCCUGUUCACCUUUGUCUGUGUGUUUUGUGCGGGCUUUAACAUGAGGGAAAAAGUGUUUAUAGCCCUGGCGUGGAUGCCCAAAGCCACAGUGCAGGCGGCCAUCGGUUCCACGGCUUUAGACAUGGCCAGGACGAAGGAUGACAAGCAGCUGCAGAAGUACGGCAUGGAAGUGCUGACUGUGGCUGUGCUGGCCAUCCUUCUCACUGCCCCUGUAGGAGCUCUUAUCAUAGGCCUCACUGGACCUCGCCUGCUACAAAAACCAAAGAACUCCUGUGGUGAGCGAGUCAAACCCAAUUUAUCAGCUUUCUUCUUAGGCACUGCAGCAGGAGGUGACGAAGACAAUGACACUCCUGUCACCUAUGAGAGUACACUCUGACAUCACCCGUCUUCAUCCAGUAAGCAAGAACAUUUCUAGGAGACUUCCUUGAGCUUUCCGUUAGCCACCAAGUGGCUCUGUUUGUCUCUCUCUGUCUGCUGGUCAGCUCCUGAUAUUUGCCAUGCUGCAGGAGCACAUGAAUCACUCUGUAUUUUUAGCUUCUUGUGGUUUCCCAGCAUCAGGCUCCAAACAAAUGACCCACAUCCCAGGGUCUGCUGUCAUCAUGUAUGAAUUGUAUACAUGAGGUGGUUUUGUUUCUCAUCCCAAAUGAACAUCUAAUCAGAUAUAUUGGUGUGAGGCAUGAAUAUGGUUUACAUUUUUUGUAAAGGCGGAUAUUGUUCCUCCCUGUUAUAUUCACUGAAUCUGCUAUUUGCUCAUUUUUUAUGAUUACACUUAAGUAAACCAUCUAGUGUAUUUGGAAAAAAAUGGUAAUGCUGUAUUUUAUUGUAAGCAGUUUACUUGGAGGGCUUCAUAAUUGAAUGUACCGAGAGUAGCUAUAUUUUUUUGUUUUAGACUACACAGUUGACAGGUUUGUCUUUAGGUGUUCUGAGUACAGUAUUUUUACCGAUUUGUGUUUGUGUAUUUUUGCGCAUAUUGUAAUAAAAUAUGUAUAUGCUGUGUGAUUUGAUGAAAAGGGGUUGUGUAGUU